AUGGCGUUUGUUAAGUCCUCUACUUGCCCGAUAAUCGGAAACAACCAAACGGGUAGUAGUUUUUGGAAGGCGACAACGGAUAGAUUUAACGCGAUUAUGGAGCAUGGUCCAGCUCGUGAUGUCGAAUCUGUCUCGGGCAAGUGGCGUAAAAUGAGCAAGGUCAUCAAUAACUUUAACGGGAUUUAUAACCAAAUUUACACUUGUCCUCCUAGCGGGAGUAACGACGAGGACAUUCUUAACCUUGCUAUCGCUAAGUGGGACUCUCAAAAUUCAACGCCUUUCCCGCACUUCCGAGCAUGGAACGUUGUAAGGAAAGAACAAAAAUGGAAGCCGGUUCCAAAUGAGGUCGCAACCGCCAAACGGACUAAAACUUCCGAGUCCGGAAGUUAUAGUGCGGGAGGCUCCACCGCUCGUUGUCAAAUCGACAUAAACGACGACCCGGAAGAUGACGAGGAUGUGUUGCCCGUUCACGAGUCGGAACGUCCCACCGGAAGGGACAAAGCAAAAAAAGACGCGGUCGGAAAGCGCAAGGGGCCGGCUCGAGUGGAGGGGGCGGCUCGAAGGCAUCGUCGAAAAUGGACGAGUUGA